AUGACUCCACCAGCGCCAGCAGACACCGACAAGAGAGUUUCGAGAGCGUGCAUCAGUUGCAGAUCUCGAAAGACGCGUUGCGAUCUUGAUUCUACCGGUAUACCUGGAGAUCCUCCAUGCCGUCGGUGCAUUGAGAAACACCAAGAAUGUGUUCUCGCAACUUCACGUCGAGGCGGACGUCGCAUCAAAGGCCAGCGUCUUAGUCACCGUCAACCUUCCAACGAAUCUCAUCAAACCUUGGAAACCGGAACGACUAGACAAAUGGACACGCCCUCAGGUUCCCACGCCCAAAGACCUCGAGACACGGAGGAACCCACUGAAUGGCUGUCUUCGCACCUUGGAUCAAACUCAGAUGACGAAGAAGAGGAAGGACGUGACGCUGUGCAACUCCAGGGUCAUUUCACAUCUUCAGAUCUUCUCAACCCCUCGGACGCACUUGAUCUGUUGGCCCAUGUCGCCGAUAUGGAACCCGAGAGACAUAGUAACGACCAAGCACGAGAGGCAGAUGGACAGGCCGAAGGUUCGGGAAACGUCACAGGUGCACCUCAAGGCGUUUGCAACUACCCACCUAUAGAAUCUGGGGCACUGACACUCUCAGAGGUAUCGUUUCUGAUUGAGCAAUAUCAUGACAAUUUUCACAUCUUCUUCCCCAUUGCCUACAGCGUCAUUUUCGACUACACCCGCCUCCUCGAAUCACUAGAGGAAGAGCAAUACCUUAUCACAGCUAUCUUAACCGUCGCUACGAAGGAUGACCCCUCUUGGUCCAAAGCGCACACUGCAUGCGCCCGAUAUAUGGAGAGUCAAAUCUCAAAGUUGAUAUAUACUGGCUCAACAACCGUCGGUGCAGUGGAAGCACUGUUGAUACUUGCCGAAUGGGCUCCUCAGCCACUGGAGGAAAAUCUCAUGAUUGGAUGCGGAAAAGAAGAUCAAGGAUCAUGGAUGCUUGUGGGCGUUGCUAUCCGUCUCGCAUAUCUCCAAAACUUGGAGCAAACUGGACUGACGCAGCGAGGUGAAGAUGUGACUCAGGAUUUGAGUAGGAAAAGGAUAGCUUGGGCAGCUUGCUACAUGAGUGAUCGUCAAGUGUCGAUCCGGCUCGGCAAAGGGUUCUGGUCUCGUGGUCCAGGCCCAUCCGUCAAUCUGCGGGCUGCCGACUUCCCGUAUCUUCAGACACAAACAUUGGGCAAUGAUAACCUAGCUCUGCUUUUCCAAGCACACCUUGAAAUAACCCAACUUUUUAGCAAUGCGCAUGAUAUUCUCUACUCCUCAACCAGCCACAGGGAGCAACUAUAUACAGGAGGGGAGUACGUGCGAUACAUAGAUGACUUCUCGGCUGUUCUUCGUAGGUGGAAGCUAUCAUGGGGCGGACUCAGCUUCGUACCUCGUGUCAAAGCGUCUCUGAUGUUGUCUUAUGAUUUUCUUCGCCUUUAUAUCAAUGCUUUUGCAUUCCAAGCCAAUCUGAACCGCAUCGUCCGUCGUCAAAGGAAGAGACCAGCCGGGCCUCUGUUUUCAGAACUUGCUGCUGCACCGGAUGCAAGAUUUAUCUAUGAGUCGAUCGACGCUGCGAAUUCAAUACUUUGCACCAUCAACAGCUUCAUUGAUCCGGUCAAAGUUUUCAAAUACAUGCCUCUAAAGUUUUAUCUCUAUGUCAUUUAUGCCGCCGUAUUUCUAUUCAAGGCCAUCUUCGCUGGAGCUAUCAAACCAUCGGAAGCACGCGGCGUUCGCCGAGCUAUAUAUGAAACCAUAUCCCGUCUACAGAAAACCUCGGAUAAUCAACAGGGUCUUGGUCAACGUUACGCGCGGUCACUUAAGCUUCUUUGGUUGAAAAUGUUGGGAAGAUCUAGAUCGCAAGCUGCAAGGGCCGAGGAACCCUCUGACUCUAUUGUCUCGAUCAACCGAGGAGCCCACCAAGUUCAAAUGGAUCAAAGUGAACCAACACCAAGCUCUGAUCCUUUCAACAGCUUCUCAUGGAAGGACCUCCACUCUCUAGGGGAGUUCAUAUCCAAUGACGGGACAUCACUUUUCAAUGAUAAUUUCAUCAUCAGCCCGGAGCAAGAUUCGAUACAAGGGAUCGAGGGACUUGAUCAUAUGGGUGGCAAUUUCUUUUAUUCUGGAUCACUGGGUGAGAACGAUAUCAUAUUCUAA